AUGGUAAGAUUCGACCCUGAUACACUGCCGUAUUAUAACCCAGAGUUUGAAAGAAAAGUGGCCAUUGUCACGGGUGGUAAUAGUGGAAUUGGAUGGUAUACCGUCUUACAUUUAUAUAUGCAUGGGUUUACCGUAUAUAUAUUUGGUAGAAACUCUAAUCGAGUUAAUAAAGCCACAAAUGAAAUAACUACUGAAGCUAAGAGAAGAUAUAUUAGUUUGAACGCUAAAAUAAAGAAAGAUGGUACACCUAACAUAGAAAAUAGAUAUAUGGGUAAUAUCAAUUAUAUUCAUGCAGAUUUGGCUGAUUUGAAAUCAGUAGAACAUGCAUGUAAGAAAUUUAUUAAAUUGGAACAUCAAUUAGAUGUAUUAAUAAAUAAUGCUGCAGUAAUGGCUCUACCAUAUGAAAUUACUAAGGAUGGGUUUGAAUUACAAAUGCAAACAGAUUAUAUAUCACAUUUUCUACUGACUAUGAGGUUAUUGCCUCUUUUAAAAAGAACAAACGGUAGAUUAAUCAAUUUAUCAUCUCUGGGUCAUAUCCUAGAAUUAUGGUAUUGGCCGAUGAAUCAAACAUGGAAUUUUAAACCUAAUAUGAUCUUUACUUGGUUCCGGUACGCUAUGGCGAAGACUGCUUUGAUUCAGUUCACUAAGAUGAUUUCUAUUAAAAACCCGGAUAUCUUAUGUCUCUCGAUUCACCCUGGUUUAAUGAUGAACACAAAUCUAUUUAGUUAUUGGACAAGAUUACCCAUUGUAGGGAUAUUCUUUUGGGCACUUUUCCAAAUAGUUUCAUAUUUCUUUGGAGUCUCUAAUGAAGAAGGUUCUCUAGCAACGAUACGUUGUGCCUUAUCUGAAGAUUUAUGUUAUGAAUCAGAUAAUGGGAAAUAUUUUUCAACAGGCGGUGUGGAAUCAAGACCAAGUUAUGUGGCAAAUAACCUUGAUGAUGCAGCUUCCACAUGGAUUUGGACUAUUCAUCAACUAAGAGAUAGAGGGUUUGAAAUAUGA